CAGAUCGGGCCUUUAAACCCCCAGCCCAGCUCCCUCCCUCCCAGGUUAACGCAGACCGAUCCAAAAGCUCGGCUCUUAUCAUUGUUUCUAUUUCUACUUCCAUCAUUACUCCCACCUGCAGGCUGGAGGAAUAAAACCCCAACCGCAUCAUUUCCCCACCCUCCUCCAUUCCAAUUCUCCAAGACUUGGACGUACACCUCGAUCACAUGGAAGAGCUCAUCUCGCCCUCCUCCUCCUGCUCCCCUCCCCAUCUUCCUCCUUUAUUCUCUGCUCCCACCACCCACCACGCCGCCGCCGCCGCCGCCGCGGCGCCCAACCUCCAGCACCGCCUGCAGUACCUCCUCCACGCCCGCUCCGAGUGGUGGGCCUAUGCCAUCUUCUGGCGCGCGGCGCCCGACCACCACCUCCUGUCCUUCGGCGAGGGACACUUCCGCGGCGUCCGCGACACCGGCCCCCGUGGGAGCUGCGGUGGCGGCGGCGGCGGAGGAGGAGGAAUUCAUGCCCUCCUCAGCGACGACGCGGGACCCACCGAUGGCGACGAAGCCGAGUGGUUCUACGUGGUGUCGCUGAGCCGGUCGUUCGUGGCCGGGGACCCCGCCGUCCCCGCCCGCGCCUACGGGUCCUUGGCCCCCGUCUGGCUGACGGGCGCCCACGCGCUGCAGAGCUGCGGCUGCGACCGCGCCCGCGAGGCCCAGCUACAUGGGAUCGAGACGCUGGUCUGCGUCCCCCUCCCCGGCGGCGUCCUCGAGCUCGGCUCCUCCGACAUCAUCGGCGAGAACUGGGCCCUGGUGCAGCAGGCCAGGGCCAUCCUCUCCGCCCCCGAUGAUGCCAUCGUCGGGCCGGCGGUUCCCGCUCUGCCCCCCGUGGUGAAGAAGGAGGCGGGUGCCGGCGUCACGGGCCUGUCAUCCUCGGUGGACUCGGAGCAUUCCGACUCGGAGGGGCUGCUGAUGAUGGAGCGGCGCCGGCCGAAGAAGAGGGGGAGAAAGCCGGGGACCGGGCGGGAGACCCCGGUCAACCACGUGGAGGCGGAGCGGCAGCGGCGGGAGAAGCUGAACCACCGCUUCUACGCGCUGCGGUCGGUGGUCCCGAACGUGUCAAGGAUGGACAAGGCGUCGCUGCUGGCGGACGCCGUGGCCUACAUCAAGGAGCUGAGGGCAAAGGUAGACGAGCUGGAAACCGAGGCCAAGAGGGUCAAGAAGGAGGUCAUAGUGGACCAGGGCGUCGGCGGGGCUGCCACCACCACCACCACCACCACCACCACCACCACCAUGUCGUCGGUGGUCAGCUGCGGUGGUGGAGGGCCGGCGACGAUGGAACUGGAGGUGAAGAUGCUGGGGCCGGACGCGCUGAUCCGAGUGCAUUCGGAGAAUCUGAGCCAUCCGACGGCGAAGCUGAUGAGCGCGCUGCGGGACCUGGAGGUGCACGUACACCACGCGAGCGUGUCCAGCGUGAAGGAGGUCAUGGUGCAGGAUGUGGUGGUGAGGGUGCCCUACGCGCUCCAGUUCAGUGACGGCCUCCGGGCCGCGCUGCUCGGCAAGCUGGAGAAGAGCUGAUCCCUUCUUCCUUUCACGUCUCUUUCUUGCUUGCUUCGCUUUUGGUCUACUCUGUAUAUAAAAUAAAAGCCUCUCAUAAUAAAGGUUCUGAGAUGGUUGGAUUGUGAUAGUAGGAGUCUAGAAUUGAACAAGCUUUAGUAGGACAGGGGGUCGCCCCAAAUUAUUUAGGAGAGCUUGUUCUCAAAGAAAAACAAAUAAAAGCAGCUAGGUCUGUUCUAGAUCUUGAUGUUUUAGGAUCAGUACAAAACCACGUUUGCUGUAGUGGUUUCAUAUCAAGGAAGGCUGAGAAAGCUACCAUCCCCUUUCGGGGAUGCUGAAGUCGGGUGUACUAGUUAACAGCUACUACCGCCAAUGACUAUUUAUGUUGGAGCAUGAAGCUGUCAUGGAGAAUGACCUUUUGAGGGCUAUCACUAUUUGCUAUACUGCUUCAUCUUUUUAACGAAGCCUUGAUGUAACCUGAACAAGUUUUAGAGGUUAUUAAAUUGGAUUUCCUUUUUC